AUGGAUGUAUGCAAUAUUUAAUUGCAUAUUUGCCUUUACUUAAAGAAUUUUUUAAUUUAGGAGGUUUUGGUGCAAAAGCAUAUUAAUAAGUUAAGGAAUUUAUACUCCUUAGAGAAAAUUUACUUCUGCAUUAGCUAUAUUGUCUUCGUUGGUGUCAGGUGCUAUAAUUGGUUAGGCUUUGAUUCCAAUACCAUUGGUAGGAUGUAUUGUUGGAGGAAUUAUUGGAGGUUAUUUGGAGAAUAAGGGAAUGACUAAUUAUACUAAGAGUAGAAAUCUUAAAAAGUUAUGUAAAAAUUAUUAUAAAAUUAAUUAUAAGAUGGUCAUUGGGAAUGCAAUAUGAUCAAUUUAGAUAUUUUGGUUAUAAAUUUUAAAAUAUUAAAUGAUUACAUACCCAAAGUUUUAAGUGAGGAUAGUGAGAGACAAACAAAAUGGAUAAAUUUAGUGAUAUUUACAAUAUUGAGUUUGUUCUUUAAUUUAAACGAUAUAGUGAAAGUGUGGCAAGAAUGUUUAGACUGUUUACUAAAAAUAUAUAUAAAUUGA